CCAAAAUGAACAGCUCAACUAGUCCCUCCAGCGCAAGAAAAUUAUGACUAAACUAGAUAAACAAAAGCUGAUUAGUCAUCACAAAUCAAGAAACCUCUUUGUUUCUCUCGCCCAACAGUAGAAUCAUAUUCUUCUUCUUCUUCUUCUUCUUCUCCAAAUAUGGCCUUAGAGUUGUGGGAAACAUUGAAAGAUUCCAUCACAGCUUACACUGGUCUCUCUCCAGCAACCUUUUUUACACUGGUCGCUUUGGCACUUGCUUUUUACUAUGUUGUCUCUGAGUUUUUUGGUUCAUCUGAUCAUGGGCAUCAACAGAGGCCUAGAAAUAUUGAGGAACAGAUGCAGCCUUUGCCUCCCCCAGUUCAGCUUGGUGAGAUUACUGAAGAAGAGUUAAAGCAAUAUGAUGGGUCUGAUUCGAAGAAGCCUUUGUUGAUGGCAAUUAAGGCUCAGAUCUAUGAUGUUUCUCAAAGCAGAAUGUUCUAUGGACCUGGAGGACCUUAUGCAUUAUUUGCUGGAAAGGAUGCUAGUAGAGCUCUGGCCAAGAUGUCCUUUGAGGAAAAAGAUCUCACUGGUGAUAUCUCUGGCCUUGGUCCAUUUGAGCUUGAGGCCUUGCAAGAUUGGGAAUAUAAAUUCAUGAGCAAGUAUGUCAAGGUUGGGACAGUCAAGCAGACAGUACCAGUAAGUGAUGGUGCAGCUAAUGGUGAAUCUGUUGACUCAACUGAUCGUGAAGCUAAGCCAGCAGAAGCUGUUGCAUCAGAGAGCGCUAAGCCAUCGGAAGAUGGUCCAUCCGGAAGUGUUGUUGCUGAAUCCGUGGACAAGUUUGACGGUGACACUGACAAGAAGGACUAAUUGGCAUACAAUUUCCAUCGACAAGCUGAGCACUAUGGGAAACAGUUCUGUCAGAUAUACAAAGACAUGGCAUUGUGAAGAUAUAUGUAUUAUUUUGUGUCAGAUGAAUGUUGAUUCUAGGAUCUAAAUUCCUUAGUUAUUCGAGUUACUCUUAUCUGAUUUGGUGUAUGAAAUAAUGAACAAGCCUUUUAAUCCCUGCAAUUGCAGGUAUUGAUAGAGCUCAUACUUGAUUACCAAUCGUGAAGUUCACCUGUA